UCUUUUUUAAACUCUUUCUCAUCAAAACAAACAAACCUAAUACAAAAUAAUCGCUUCAUUCCGAAUAUUCCGAAUAAAAUACCACUGCAAUUAUACUUUCUUUGAAUACUUAAUCAAUUUCUUUAUCUAAUCUUAUUAUAUAACAUACAUCUAAAUCUUCCUUCUCUUUCAAUAUCCAUUUCCUUUACAAAGAGCUUCUUAAUUAAACUGCACCAAACAAAGCCUUAUAUUCCAGAGGAAGAAGUUUCAGCAUUCAUAUCGUACCUUGAAAAUGUCUGGUUUUUGUGCGAGAGGGAAGCGAGUCACUGAUCCUCUUGACGACGAUGCAAAAGCUCGACUGAUUGGCGGCCAACUCAGUUACGGAACUAGCGGCAGCGAACACUCAGCUGAUGAUGACUCACCUUGCUUAUCUGAACUUGUUCAUGGCUUUCUCGAGGUCGAUGAAGAUCUCGAAACACAGUCGUACACUUAUGACUCGGAUUCUGAUCGAGUUGACUCAGUUUCGGAUUGUGCGGUAGAUGCUGUGAAAUCACUCUGUGUUACUACUGAAAUGGAUUUGUAUAGAAAUCUGCUGCUAUCUCAUGUUCUGAAAGGAGUGGAAAUGUUUUCGUUGUGGAGAAAUCAAAAACCAGUGUUGAGACGUAAAGUGAUGUCGUUUUUGAGAGAAUUAGGCCACAAUGCAGCUAUUUGCAAAACCAAAUGGGACUCCUCAGGCGGACUAAAUGCAGGAAACUACGAGUUUAUAGACGCCGUAGUUUUAUCAAACAGGUACAUAAUCGAUCUUGAUUUCGCUUCACAAUUUGAGAUCGCGAGACCAACAAAGGAAUACUGGAAGCAAGUGCAGUCUUUGCCUAUAGUUUUUGUUGGUAAAAAUGAAGACUUGAAGAGAAUAAUUAAAGUUAUGAGCGACGCAGCUAAGAGAUCCUUGAAGAGUAGAGAUCUUUCACUUCCUCCUUGGAGAAAAAACCGUUACAUGCAAAACAAAUGGCUCGGUCCGUACUGUCGGACCUCCAAUCAUCAUCAAAUAUCGAGUAACCCCACCAUGAUCGGAGCAGCCGGUAACGGAGUCAAGUGUCGUCUCGUUGGAUUUGACGACGCUGUAAAUAGUGGAUUGUUUGUCCGUACUAGAUAAUUACAGCCAUAAGAACAAAUUAUAAGAUGUUUCACUC